AUGGCGCCUACGCCAACAGAUAACCUGGUUGAGCGCGAAUCCUCUGCAGGGAUUAAUAACGAAAAGAUUGGGGACAAGGGUGGAGAGAUGAACAAGGCCGCUUCUAUUCAGGAAGUGCCUCUGUCGAAUUACGAUGACGCCGAAGGUCUCUCUAAAGGGAAUGCAGCUCCCUUUGCGACCGCGAAGGAUAUCGUCACUCAUGUGAUUGACCUUGACGAUGACCCAACACUCAAUCCAUGGACAUUUCGCAUGUUCUUCAUUGGUCUUGGGUUGUCCGCAUUUGGUGCGGUUCUGCAAGAAAUCAUGUACUUCAAGCCUCAAGUUGUAUACGUCUCAGUCAUGUUCUUGACCGUCCUUGCGCAAACCUUGGGUACAGCGAUGUCUACCUUCAUCCCACGGAAAGGUGUUAUUGGCCGUUUUCUUAACCCUUUCCCUUGGAACCGAAAGGAACACACUGCAGCAGUUCUCAUGUCAUCGGCGGCGGCCGUCUCGGCCCUGUCAACAGAAGCUUUGGCUGCGCAAAAGCUCUAUUACGGAGGAUAUCCUAAUGAAGCUGCAGGCAUCUUCAUCACUCUUUCUUCGCAACUCAUUGGGUAUGGCAUUGCAGGCAUGAUGCGGGAGAUUUUGGUGAGCCCGACCGCCAUGCUGUAUCCCAUCAACCUGCCAAUCACUACUGUCAUGGAGAUCUUGCAUAAACCCAAAGCCGAGACCAGGCAGAGAUUCAAGGUGUUCUGGAUUGUAUUUGUUGGAAUCUUUUGCUGGGAGUGGUUCCCCGAGUACAUCUUUCCACUUUUGUCUGCGGUUUCCAUUUUCUGCUUGGCCAACCAAAACAGUCUCGUCUUCACCAACCUGUUCGGAGGCUCCCAGGGUAAUGAGGGCAUGGGAUUGCUGUCUGUUUGCUUUGACUGGAAUUAUGUUGCUGGGUUCGGAUCACCACUUUGGAUGCCGCUUGAAACUUUGGUCAACAGUUUCAUCGGUUAUCUCGGAGGCAUUGCCCUCUCCAUGGCACUUUACUACGGAAACGUUUGGAGAGCCAAGGAUUUCCCUUUCAUGGCUCAGCUUCUCUAUGACGGGAGCUCAAACACGACCAAUCAUGUUCAAUACAAUGAGUCUGCUAUUAUGAAUGCAGACUUCACUGUGAACGGCACUCUCGUUGAUCAGACGGGAACACCUUACCUUACCGCGACAUACGUGAACUAUCUUAUCACAUCCAACGCUGGGCUCACUGCCACUUUUGUUCACAUGUUCCUCUGGAAUUACGCCGAAGUCAGUCUUGGAUGGACUUGGAUGACACUGACCAACUUGAAGAAGGUUUUGGAUCCUUCUCUUUACAUGUUCUGGCGGCACACUGGUGGUCGCACUGAGGAAGAGAAGGAAAGAAUCCGUCAGGACCCUUCCAUUGACCCUCAUUACAAGUUGAUGCUUGAGUAUGAAGAAGUUCCAACCAGUUGGUAUUUCUUAGUAUUUGCUGCCAGCUGGAUCGUUGGUAUCGUAUGCUUAUACGUGAUGAAGUCCACUCUUCCGUGGUGGGGCUUUAUCGUCGCAACCCUCUUCCUUUUCGUCUUUAUGGUCUUCUUUGGGGCGCAAUAUGCCAUUACGGGCUUCGGUUACAACUUGCAGCCAAUUUUCCAAAUGCUUGCUGGUUACAUGAUGCCUGAACGUCCUUUAGCCAACAUGUACUUCACUACGUACACCUACAAUGGUAUCUCGCAAGGACUGCUGCUUCUCCGUGAUCUGAAACUGGCCCAACAGAACAAAUUGUCACCAAAAGCUACGUUUGUCACUCAGGUCAUCGGUUGUAUCAUGGGGGCCCUUCUCAACUAUGUCAUGAUGAUAACCAUUGUUCAAAACCAAGCAACUAUCAUCAAGUCUCCCGAAGGAACGAACAUUUGGUCCGGCGCCCAAGUCCAGCAGUUCAACACUCUCGCCAUUGCUUGGUCGAUUGCACCUAAAAUGUUUUCCAUUGGUGCUCGCUACGAAUGGGUCACAGCAGCUUACUUGGUCGGCUUCCUCGCUCCAUUGCCCUUCUACAUCAUGCACCGUUUCUUCCCUCACCAGCGAAUCUGGUCUUACCUCAACACAUCCAUCAUUCUGUGGUACCUUGGGGAACUUUUUGUUGGCCUGAAUGCUUCCAUCACCACCUACUACAUUCUGGGAGCUUUCGGUCAAUUCUAUCUGCGACGUUACCGACCGCAAUGGUUCAUGAAGUGGAACUACCUUUUGUCCGCCGCACUAGACGGUGGCACACAGGUGAUGGUAUUCUUGGCCACAUUUGCAGUUUUCGGUGGUUCUGGAAAGUCGGUUUCUUUCCCAACGUGGGCAGGUAAUCGUGAAAACAACUUUGAUUACUGCAAGUUCAAUGAAGCCUCAGAGUGA